AUUGCCGGUGCCAACGCUGGCCGCUUCUAAGCCGCUCCAUUUUUAAAAAGUGCAUCGCAUCGCUUCCCUGUGAGUUGUAGCCGGUUAGACGAUUUUGACACUUCUGGUGCCUUUGGGGCCUUUGGUUGAUGGAUACAAAAGUACCAGCGCUAAACAGGACGAGCGUCGCCAAGUUCUUUGCUCGGAGCAGUUUUGUCAUUUGAUUUAAGAGGAAGAAAGAAAGUAUAAUAUUAUCACCAGGGAGCAAAGACAGCGCAGAUAGUAGGCACCCCAUGAUCCCUGGCCAUGAACGAGAGAGGACUCUCCUAUUGCCAUUUUGUUUUGCGUGUUGGGCAGGUGAACCCAGUCCCUAAUCACAGGCAGUUCAUCCACGAUGGAUCUGAUGGCUCAAGUCUCACACCAAGCAUGAAUGUCGGUCGGCCCUCUAGUGCUCAGCGCAUGGAACGAUAUGUAACAGGCACGGCUCAGCGCAGCAAUUCUAGGGGUCCCCCACAAAGGGGUAGCCUGGAACCUGAGACUCCUUGUGGACACUACAGUUCGGCCUCCAACGUUGGCUAUACCGGCAAGGGGCUGGCUUGCAAGGGCUCCGCUUCAAGCAAGCCGUGGCCUACCACUCCUGAUCCACCAUCUCCGUUGAAAUCGCUGUCACCUUCGAGUGUUGCGAAAAGGAGCGGUGCUCUGCGGUGCGAAUCGUGGUCCCCAAGCAAGCCGAGGAACGUGGGAGCGACGGGGACGACCGGUGGUUCUUUUUUUUCCGCCAACGUCCCUUCAUCAGUCGGUCCGACGCCGAGAAGACGGGGCUUGGCUUACAAAGGUUCCCCUUCGAGCAAGCCGUGGCCCGCCACACCCGAGCCGCCAUCUCCGUUGAGACCGCCGUCGCUUUUGAGCAUUUCAAAAAGGAGCAGUGCCUUGCACAGCCGAUCGCCACCCUUCAGCAAGCUGAGGAGCAUGGGAGUGACGGGAACGAACAGUGGUUCCUUUACUUCCAACAACGUCCCUUCAUCUGUUCGUUCAACGUCGAGCAGACAGGGCGCUGCAGAGUCGGCAGGCAAGACAGGUGGCCCUUGUCCCAGUUCACAAACAACCUCGGCAGUUAGGAAGAUAAUAACUCCUCCAUUAGCACGCAAAAUGAAACGGAAACCAUGGAUCACCAGUGUCAAGCUCAGCAUUAACUCGAGCGAGGAGGAGAGCGACGACGAGGGGCAACCCCAGGAUCGCUGCAACACUCCGGGCAAGACCACCUGCAAGUGGCGCACCGCUGGUGAGGCAUCCCAAAGGCCAGCAGUGAAGCUGCCCAUCAACAGGCUGAAACAAAGGAGUGUUUUACGCAUGCGCCGGGGAACGAGCAUCACGGAAAAGCCGGUGACCAAGAAGCCCGCACACAAGCUCGGCCCCUCCAAAAGGCAGGAAAUGUCGUCGGCAGUGGAGAAGUUCACGCGGCCCUCGAAGGAACAACUUGAACAAGGCAAAGGCGAUGAUUUGGACGGCUACAAAGAGAACCUGAUGAUGCUCACAAAAGGUCCCAUCACCACAGAGGACAAGAGCCCAGUGAUCCAAGUGAACAAAGCAACUUACCAGAUGCUCAAACUGAUUGGCAAGGGAGGAUCAAGCAAGGUGUACAUGGUGCUGAGUGAGAAUAAGGAGUUGCGGGCGGUGAAGCUGGUGAGCCUGGAGGGGGUCGAGCCCGAGGCCACCCAAGCCUUUCUCAACGAGGUCAGGAUCCUCAAGACGCUGCGUGACUGCAGCCGCGUCGUCACCCUGUACGACUUCGAGUACGACCAGGAGAGAAGUCUGCUGAUGCUGGUCAUGGAGGCCGGGGACAACGACCUGGCCUCAGUGAUCCGCUCUGCCACCGAGAAGGAGCCCAUGAACCUCCUCGCGAUCAAGUUCUACUGGUCCGAGAUGCUCCAGGCUGUGCUUGAGAUCCACAACAAGGGAGUCAUCCACUCCGACCUGAAGCCAGCCAACUUCCUGCAAGUGAAGGGAAGACUGAAGUUGAUCGACUUUGGCAUUGCUGACCUCGUGCAGGCUGACGCCACCAGCAUCGUGAAGGAAUCUCAGAUGGGCACCCUGAAUUUCAUGUCCCCGGAAUCCAUCGCCAGGAUGCCUGGAAACGGCACUGGAGAUUGCGGGCUCAAGAUCAGCCGGCGGUCCGACAUCUGGUCCUUGGGGUGUAUCCUGUACACCCUGGCAUACGGCCGUGCACCCUUCCAGCACAUCGUGGCACGAAACGACAAGCUACGUGCCAUCAUCAACCCGAACUUUGCCAUCCCGUUCCCUCCCGUGGCCGAUCCCAACCUCCUAGACGUCCUGAAGCGAUGUCUUCGACGGAAUCCCAGGGAAAGGCCUACCAUCUCCGAGCUACUUCAGCAUCCUUUCCUGACCGAAGAUCGUGCCCUGUUGAAGCCCCAGAGGAAUGACAAGCUGCAAACAAUGUUCAGCGAGAUCGAGAACAUGUCUCCGGACAGCGUGAAAAAAGUGAAUGAGAUGGUCAAGUCGCUGAAACUCGGCAAGAAAUAACGACAAAGCUGACUACUGUGUACGUUAUGCAACAAUCACAUCAACAGUUGUAUAGAUCUCACUGUUUGACUACCACUAUGAAACUUUUUUAUUUUAUUUAACAAUUCCUCUCCCUGCAUUAUGACCACCAGUUACAUUUAUGGUGUAAAUUUUUUAUCUGGCUACAAAAAAAUUGUUUUAUAUCUUUCCGACUUUGAAGGAAGCUUGGCAGCCCAUAAGUGACCAAAGCUCAGAGUUGUCGAAGUAAAUGCAGCCGUUUAUUUGCGAUCUUGUCAAAUUUGACUGUGCCUGGCAGUCUGAACAUGGUUAUGAAAAGGGGCUGGAAAACACUUAGCUGAAGCUGCCAAUUUGCUUUUAGAAUUUUAUCAUAUCUGACAACAUUUCACCUCUUCUUAUUCUACCGAAUUAUUUUUAAUGUGACAUAUAUCUGUACGAUUGAUUUGUAUGUAUGGGGUGUUAUAUGUGCAAAAUAGUGUAUGUGUGGCUAGUAAACCAAGUAAUAAAGAAUGUAAAAGCUUCAGAAAUUGCUGGUAGCAUUGGUGACUCUGGUUUGGACAUACUGUGCUCGACGAAACAAAAUGAACCAGGACAGCGCGUGGCCUCGCCAGAAUAACUGUGUAUGUUCAGCUUUAGGAGCAUAUACAGUUACGCUGGCGUACAUGGCUGCCAUAAGCAGUUACCUGACUCUAGAGUAAUCAUAUGGCUCCACCACCUAGUUGCUCGAAGAAUCUCCAAUGUAAGUAUAUUCGCCAGGCCACACACUGCGCUGGUCCAUUUAGUUUUGUUGAGCACUGUACAUUCUAUUCAACGUUUUCAUCUUCUCUCCUAAAAUCAUGUUAACACUUUUUUUUGCAUUUUGGUUAAUUUUAGGUAGCGUUCUGUGUUUCCAGAUAAAUCCGAAAAACAUCCACCUGUAAAACUUUUUGUCAAUUUGGAUUUAUUCAAUAAACCUUAAAAGUUGACGUACCCAAUGCCAGAAAAAAAAAA